CGGAGGCUCUCCAACUACCCUUUUGACUGGACGCCAUCUUGAACCUCUUCUCUUGAGGGAGGCAAAGAGGCCAUUCGGGUGGGAAAGUCUGGGCGGGAGCUAUUUGGAGGUUUGCUUCCUGCGAUUCCUGCCGCCCUAAUCUAACGGGCUAACAGGUUCGAGGGCCCUGAGUCUCGCUAUGAGGAAAUUUAAGACCCAGAGAACUUUAGUGACUUGAUCAAGGUCACACAGGUUAUAAUGGAGGACACUCAAUUGGUGGACUGGGAGACUCAGGAGGAGGAGACUGAGGAUUCUAAUGGCUCCCCACCAGGUUUAGGUUUGGAGCCUGUAGGGCGGCUGCACCUGUUCAGCAGCGUUCGAGGACCUGAGAAAGAUUUCCUGCUGUACCCUGGGGAGAAUGUGGUUGGCCGAAUACCGGGAUGUGCUGUGGCUCUGCCUUUUCCAUCUAUCUCCAAACAUCAUGCAAUAAUUGAGAUUCCAGCUCAAGGCAGGGCACCUAUCCUUCGAGAUUGUGGGAGCCUUAAUCAUACACGCCUUCUGAGACCUCCCAAGCUCCUAAGCCCUGGGGUGGGCCAUCAAUUGAGGGACCAAGACUUGGUACUCUUUGCUGACCUGCCAUGCCAAUAUCAUCGUUUGGGUGUCCCUCUACUUCCUGGCCCCCGGGGAGCUCUAAAUGUGGAGGAGACACCCAGGGUUCCAGGGACAGGGGGACCCCAGUUCCAGGGGACCUUAUUGGCUGAAGACUCAGAGGAGGAAGGAGAUUCUCCUUUGGAUAGGAGUAUAGAGGUACCGGUCACAUAUUCUCCUUCUGAAACUGUAGUACCAGAGAGUGAUGUGGAAGGAGCUUCACCAGGCUCCAAGGGCCCUGCACUGCCUCUUACUUUCAUUCUGGAUAGUGACACAGAUGAAGAGGAGCAUCCUCUCCCAAUGGAGCCUUCUUCAGCUACCAGGAUAGCUUCUGUUGUAGAUAAGGAGUGGAGUAGGACUGGUGGAGAGAACCAUCCCUCAGCUAUGGGGAGGGACAGUGGUACAGAUGUGGAAAGAGAUGAGAGCAUCAUGGCAAUUCCAUCUGGAGCACAUGUGAAGGAGAGUUUGCCCCCUGACAGGGACAGUGAUACGGAUAUUGAUGAUGAGGGCAGUCUCCAAAGGAUCUCAGUUGUGACACCUUUAAUUGGGACUCAGCCUUCUUCCUUGGAAGAAGGUGGUACAGAUCUGGAAGAGGAGGGUCUUUUAGUGAGAUCAGCUAAAGCACACUUGGAAAUGGGCCAGCCUGAUAAGGGAGACAGUGAUACAGAUAUAGAAGAGGACUUGAUCCCAGCAACGACACUUGCAGUCCAUCAGGGCAAAGAUCAGUUACUCAAAGAUGGGACAAACAAUACAGAUACAAAAGAGGAGGGGUCCCCAACAGAACUCCCCACCAUACAUCUUAACAAGGACCAACAUUCCAUUGGUAGGACUGGGGGCAAUGACACAGAUGGGGAUGACAAUGGAUCUCUUCAUGUGAAUAGCCAACUUCCAGCUGAAGAGAACAGUGGAGUUGAAGGGGCCCCAGUGAUUGAGCAACUGAAAAGGACCACUAAAAAAGUUGGCACCCAGGGGAGGAUAUCUAUAACAAAAGUGGAGCAUGGUCUGUCUCCCUUCCCAAGGGUUAGCUCAGUAGGCACCGUAGUGGAAACAAAUACUCAAGAGAAGUCACCCCAGGUACUUUUGGAAGGAACCCAGAAUAACAUAGAACGGGAGACUGAUCCACAUGUGGAAGGUACUGAAGAUUUCCAGAGCAAGAGUGAUGAUAAUUCAGACCUGGAUUUACAAGAUACUCAGUGCUUUGUAGAAGGAGGGAAUCAGAACUGUGGAGAUGGUCCAGAUGAGCCAUGGGAAAUCUUGGCUACACAGCCAUUCUGCUCGGAGCAGUCAGAGGCAUCAGGAACUCUACCUACCAACUCUUAUAUUGUAGACCAGAGAACUUGUCCCACACCAUCUAAGACAGCCUCGAACCUACAGCCAGACAGUCCAGAAAAAACAGAGCUCUCUAUAAGUCAAGACACAAAUUUAAACACAGGAAUCCCAGGACAAACUAUGGAGGAUGACAUGGAGAACCAGGUAAUAGAAAUAGAGACACCUAGAAUAACACCAGAGAGAAAAAUGGAAAAGGAGACCUUUAAGAGAAAGACAUUGGCAAAUAAGACAAAGAGAUCGAAGAGAAAGAAAGUGAGUGCAGUUGUACAAACAGAGAUACCAGAAAGAAGACAGAGAUGUAAAGCAGGUAGAGGAAUGCAGAAUGUUAUGACAGAGACAGGCAUCAAAAGCUGUGGAGAAAUAAAGGUACUAGAUAAGGAAAUGGAGAGGCAAACCCCUGAGAAAGACAUAUCUGAAAAACAAGCACCAGAAAGAAGAACCAAGAGUCCAGUGGUUGAAGUGAAAGUAUCCAAAGAAAUGCUGGAAAGAGAGGUAGAGGGACAGAUGUCAGAAGAUUAUGACCAGGAGGUCCAGAAUGCAACUCCAGUAACGAAAUCUAAAGUUGGGGAAGGGAACCUGCAGAAAUUAUCCUUAAACCCCCAAAUCUCCAAUGACAGCAGACAUCACAGAGGUCUCAAUGAUGAUAAAAUUUUGCCUCUUGAGGCAGUGCCAAUGGAUAAACAGGAUUUCUCAAAUGUACCUCUUGUAGCAUCUAAAGUUGCAGUCCCUGAAGCCUCAGCGAGCCCUUCUUCAACUCCCAGAAUCACCAGGAGCCAGAAUAGAAGAACAUUCAAACCACCCCAUUCUUCAUCUCCAGCUUCCCAGGAAUCACCUAUUUUAACAACACCACGAAGCAGAAGGCAGGGGAUUCUCUUGGCCCCAAAUAUUGAACCUCCUCCUCUUGAAAAUUCUAGAGACAAAUCAGAGUCUUCUUUCCAGAGUCAGACACAGAAGCCUUUUAGUACCUCCUCUGCACUCUUGACCGCUGAGCUCCACCCUCCCAUCCCUGAAGAAUUGCCUAUAAUCCCUGAUCCCCACCUUCAGACUCGGCAAAACAGGAAACGGGGGACCACUGGAACUUGUAGUUCUACUUCAGUCACAUCCUUCUCUGAGCACUCCCCUUCCAUCCCAACAGAGAGAUCUGAAACCCUUGUGCUCCCACCCAGGGCUCUCCGAAGUCAGAGAGCAAGGGUGGGAGAAAGUUCUGAAUCACUCACAGCCACCCCAGAGUCAUCCUAUUCUCUGACACCUGAAGCAUCUGUCCCUCGAGCUACCAGGAGCCGGAGGGUAGGAGCACGAGAUAUGCUUGGCUCUACUCCAGAGGCCCAGCCUAAGCUCUCAGGCCGAAAGCGGCCUCCAACUACCAAGGAAACAUCACCAUUUUCCAAGCAACCUCGGAGAGGUCGGUCCCAGAAACAAGGAUCUAUCAAGGAAGAGGAAGAUGAAAAGCCAGUGGAAGUUGAGACUGCAGUGAAGACUCCUGUGAAGGUUGCCGAACUAGCAGUUCACACAAAGGAAAUCAUCAAGGGAAUACCUGGACGGAGUUUGCGGCGAGCUAGACUUAAUCGAGAACUAAGAGCUCCUAAGGUAUUAUUCACAGGUGUGGUGGAUGCACGAGGAGAACAAGCUGUGCUGGCACUGGGUGGAACUCUGGCCAGUUCAGUGGCAGAAGCUUCACAUUUGGUAACAGAUCGAGUUAGACGUACAGUCAAAUUCCUAUGUGCCCUAGGCCGGGGGAUACCUAUUCUAUCUCUGGAAUGGUUGCACCAGUCCCGAAAGGCUGGUCGAUUCCUGGCACCUGAUGAAUUUGUGGUGAAUGAUCCUGAGCAGGAGAACAGCUUUGGUUUCAGCCUUCGAGAGGCACUGAGUCGUGCUCAGGAGAGGGGCCUCUUGGAGGGCUAUGAGUUCUAUGUGACCCCUGGAGUGCAGCCCCCACCCCCUCAAAUGGGAGAAAUAAUCACAUGCUGUGGGGGUACUGUGCUUUCUAGCAUGCCUCGGGUCUAUAAGCCUCAGAGAGUAGUGAUUUCAUGUCCCCAGGAUCUCUCAAGAUGCUCUGCUGCUGUUCGGGCUAAGCUGCCCCUCCUUUCACCAGAGUUCCUGCUCACUGGGGUGCUGAGGCAGGAAGCCCAGCUAGAAGCAUUCCUCCUCUCCACCUCAGACCCUUUACCUUCUUAAUGCCCUUAAGAAUCCUAUCCACAAUGUCCUGCUCACACUGUUUAAAUGCACAGACGGUAAAAUAAACUAUUUAGAAGAAAAA